ACUAAAGCAAAAGACGAAUUACGGACUAAGAGUGGAUAUUUCCAUAUAAACGUCUGUUGGCGCUGUCUAUUAGUCUCUCAGGAACAGGAAGACACGCCGCGGUGCUCGCACGUCUCCGGCGGUUUAAUUUCACCUCCACACGAAGCUAGCUAGCUGGGAGAAGAGGAGCAGGUCGGCGCGCGGAGAGUGGGGGGGGGGGGAUCUGCGGGCCCAACUGGCGUUCCAAUCGGAGAAGACUCGCCCCACCGCCGGGUCCUCGUCGAGGUUUCGUCCGCCCUCCAACGUGUCGCCAAAACCUCCACGGGAAGACACGGGACAAGACGACCCCGCGUUUGCUCCUCUGCCGCAGCCCGGAGGUGUGCUGCCCGGCAGAGCAUGCUAAAUAAUGAGCCAAAGGGACACACUGGUUCAUUUGUUCGCUGGCGGAUGCGGGGGCACCGUCGGGGCUAUUUUGACAUGUCCUCUGGAAGUGGUGAAGACCAGACUGCAGUCGUCCUCCGUCACUCUCUACAUCUCUGAAGUCCAGCUCAGCACUGUAAACGGAGCGAGUGUGGCCCGCGUCGCUCCACCAGGACCUCUGCACUGUCUCAAGCUUAUCUUCGAACGAGAGGGAUUGCGGUCACUCUUUAGAGGACUUGGACCCAACCUUGUGGGUGUGGCACCUUCCAGGGCAAUCUACUUUGCUGCCUAUUCAACGGCCAAGGAGAAGCUGAAUGGCGUGCUGGAGGCGGACUCCACCCAGGUGCACAUGGUGUCUGCUGGGAUGGCAGGCUUCACCGCCAUCACAGCCACUAACCCCAUAUGGCUGAUCAAGACUCGCAUGCAGCUGGACUCCAGGAACCGAGGCGAGCGCCGCAUGAACGCAUUUGAGUGCGUUCGGCGGGUGUACCAGAUGGAAGGCCUGCGAGGGUUUUACCGGGGCAUGUCCGCGUCGUACGCCGGCAUCUCUGAGACGGUCAUCCAUUUUGUCAUCUAUGAGAGCAUCAAGCGCAAGCUGCUGCAGGCCCGGGCCCAGAGCAGCAUGGAGGGCGAGGAGGAGUCGGUCAAAGACGCCUCGGACUUUGUUGGCAUGAUGCUCGCUGCGGCCACCUCCAAGACCUGUGCAACCACCCUGGCGUACCCUCACGAGGUGAUCCGCACGCGACUACGAGAAGAGGGCAGCAAGUACCGCUCCUUCUUCCAAACCCUGCUGACCGUACCCAAGGAGGAAGGCUACCGGGCGCUGUACCGCGGCCUCACCACGCACCUGGUCAGACAGAUCCCCAACACGGCCAUCAUGAUGUGCACCUACGAGGUGGUGGUCUACCUGCUGGGCCGCUAGGGCCUCCUUCCUUCCACGCUGCACGGACUCCCGCCGUCGGCCUUUUGGCGAGGACAGAAUGAAGAGGACCGGUCGAAGGAGGAAAGAUCUGGCAAAAACACGCCUUUUUUUGUCGGCACGUGGACCUCGUCCAGGAGGCCAGAAGAUGAGAGAUGCAGUAGAAGGAAAAAGAAAAUGCGCACAGUUGAGUGGCCUUAAGUUCCUCGAGUGAGGAGUGACUUGCUGCUUUUCAUUCCUACACAGAACCUUCAGGAAGAGGAAAAGUGGACAAAAUAGUUCUAAUUUGAAUGAAAAAGAUCCGUUUUUUUUGGUCAAAUUGGCACUUUUUUUUGCACUUGUUAAAGGAAUAUUUGUCCGAGGCAGAAUGUUUUGUUUUGGUGUGAAUAUAUAUGACUUUUAGCAAGUUCCUGCAGCAGCUUUGGGGAGGUCAUGUGAC